AUGGCAUCCCAAGGCGAUCUGUUCUCGGCCGUGACCAACCGGUCGCUCCGCAACGUCCGAUCGGAGCUCGAAUUCCUAGCCGAUUCCUCAGUCAUCACUCGUGCACAACUCUCCUCGAUCUUAUCGCAACUCCCGAAAGAGAACGAGCGCAGUAGAUCCUCGGUGCCCCCUCAGCAACCGCCGGUCCAGCAGCCGCAGCCAGUGGCGCCGCUGCCCAUCCAGACACAGCCGUCUCCUGCUCCCUAUUCUCCUCCCGUCAAUCAAUUCGCCAAUGCCUCGUUGAACGAGAAGGCGACAUAUCAAGCGCAGCCUCCGCCGCAGCCGUACGCCAACCCGGCCGUCCCGCCGCCUCCUGCUUAUCCCCAGGCCCCGCCCGUGCUGUCUAUCGCCUCGGCUCUGUAUGCGUACACCCCGACGGACCCCGGCGACUUGGCUCUGCAGCCGCGUGACCGUAUCCAUGUUUUGGAACACAUGAACGCUGAUUGGUGGCGUGGUCGUAACGAGCGCACCAACCUCGAGGGUAUCUUCCCCCGCAGCUAUGUCGACGUGAUUGACGAGAAGACUGUCUCGUCCCCUCCACCCACCAACUAUGGAAAUAUGCCUCUGGAAGUGAGCCAAAGUGGCUCUACGCCUGAUGGGGACCCUGCCAAGAAGGGCAAAUUCGAGGAACACGGCAAGAAGUUUGGCAAGAAACUGGGUAAUGCUGCUGUCUUCGGUGCCGGUGCGACCAUUGGUUCAAACAUUGUGAACAGCAUCUUUUAA